AUGAUUUUUGCCCCUCUUUUUGUGUCUUUCUUCUCGUUUCUUCUACAGGAAAAGACCAAAGAUAAAGACAAGCGUUUCCGUCCACUUUAUGACAUUCCCUACAUGUUUGAAGCCCGCGAGUUCCUUCGGAAGAAGCUCAUUGGGAAGAAGGUCAAUGUGACAGUGGACUACAUUAGAGCUGCAACUGGCCCGGCAGAAGGCACCCCCACAUUUUCAGAGCGCACCUGUGCAACAGUCACAAUUGGUGGCAUUAACAUUGCAGAGGCUUUGGUCAGUAAAGGUCUGGCCACGGUCAUCAGAUACAGACAGGAUGAUGACCAGAGAUCCUCCCAUUAUGAUGAGCUUUUGGCUGCAGAAGCAAGAGCUAUCAAGAAUGGCAAAGGGCUACACAGCAAGAAGGAGGUCCCCAUCCACAGAGUGGCUGACAUCUCUGGGGAAACACAGAAAGCCAAGCAGUUCCUGCCAUUCCUGCAGCGUGCUGGCCGAUCAGAAGCUGUGGUGGAGUAUGUCUUCAGUGGUUCUCGUCUUAAGCUGUACAUGCCCAAAGAAACGUGUCUCAUCACAUUCCUCCUUGCUGGAAUCGAAUGUCCUCGCAGCUCCAGAGCCACACCCGGGGGGAUGCAGCUGGCCGAACCCUUCAGUGAAGAGGCCACGCUGUUCACCAAAGAACUGGUGCUGCAAAGAGAGGUGGAAGUUGAAGUAGAGAGCAUGGACAAAGCUGGUAACUUCAUUGGCUGGCUGCACAUUGAAGGCGUCAAUCUCUCUGUGGCGCUGGUUGAAAACGCACUUUCCAAGGUCCACUUCACAGCAGAGCGUAGUGCCUACUACAAAACCCUGCUGUCAGCGGAGGAGGCUUGCCGGCAAAGAAAAGAGAAGAUCUGGGCCAAUUAUGAGGAGAAACCAGUGGAAGAGUUUGUGCAGUUAUCAGAAGAGAAGGAACGUGUUGCAAACUACAGACCAGUUUACGUCACGGAGAUCACAGACACCCUGCAUUUCUAUGCCCAGGAUGUAGAGACAGGGGCCCAGUUGGAGAGUCUAAUGGAGACCAUGAGAGCAGAGAUCGCAGCCCAGCCGCCAGUGGAAGGAUCCUACUCUGCACGUAGGGGGGACUACUGCCUAGCCAAGUUUGCCGAUGGAGAAUGGUAUCGGGCACGAGUGGAGAAAGUUGAGUCGCCUUCAAAGGUCCACGUCUUCUACAUUGAUUAUGGCAAUAGGGAGGUAGUGUCUAGCACCCGUCUGGCCGCCAUGCCCCCAGCCUUCAGUACCAGGACCCUGCCCGCACAGGCCACCGAAUAUGCCUUCGCCUUCAUCCAAGUGCCACAGGAUGAGGAUGCCCGGGCGGAUGUGGUGGACUGCAUCGUGCGGGACAUUCACAACAGCCAAUGCCUGCUAAACAUGGAGUACUCCGGAGCAGCCUGCCCUCAUGUCACGAUACAGUUCGCAGACACAAAGGAGGAUGUGGGACUGGGCCUGGUCAAAGAGGGCUUAGUGAUGGUGGACGUGCGCAAAGAGAAGCACCUGCAGAAGAUGGUGACGGAGUACCUGAACAGUCAAGAAUCUGCAAAGAGUGCCAGGGUAAGCCACAUUUUCCACUAUGUCUCUGCUCAGUCUGUAGUAUCUCUUCCAUCCUUCUUGCACAGCUUUAACAUCAGCACAUAUUCUUUCAACCAUUCAACACCACAAGUUUGUUUUAUCUUCCCCCUUCCCUCUUCCCUCUUUCUCCUUCUCAAGAUGCCACACAUUACAUUGGCAGUCCACAUUGUCCCAUAUGGACUGCUGCCCACAAUCUGUGUGGGUUCAUGCUGUGAAAAUUUGGGGGUGUGGAUGUUCAGCUGGGAUGGAGAGGAAGUGAGAGUGCUCAUAUAACACAUACACACAUGU